AUGGAGGUGCAGCCUCCAGAAAGUAAUGAAUUGGAAGAGGAACAAGCUGCCGCAACAGAGCCCACUCUAUUCGAUAUUACUCCAAGGUUAAAGGCUAAAAAGAGGCUUCCAAAAAAAUUACAAAGAAACGAAUUCAAAUGGAAGUGUUAUAUUCGAAAGCUAAAAUAUGACAAAGGUGAAGAAUAUACUUCGGAAAAUAGUUGGCUUUUAAUAGCCGAACAACUGCAGUGUGAUGGUACAAAAAUAUUUUGUAACGAAUUUAAUAUCUAUUUUCACAAACCCAGAAAGGAAAGAUGUGAUGUCUGCGAGGAGGUGAAAAUUAAGAAACAAGAGGAAGCAAAUACAAAAGAAAAGGAAAAGCAUAUAAAAGGGAAAGACAAAAUGAGAGAAAAUAGAAAAAAUGACAAAUACGAUAAGAAAGUUGUACUGUGCUUUGACCUAGAAAAUGCCCCAAAGCAGAAAUAA